CGGUGCAGCAGUGGUCAGAAAGACAAACCAACAUUUUAUCGCGCGGGUGUUUUUGCUCGGAAAACGAAUACGUUUGCGAACGAACCCGAGCGAUGUUCGGCUACAGACAGUGCAGCAGGUUCACGUGGACGGGCACCCUGGAGACCUACGGUCAGCGCCCGGACAGCGAGCGAGGGCGGCCUACCAUGGCAACCACGGGCGGCAGCGGUCUGGAGGUGCUCCUUGCCACACUGCAGGGUGCGGGAGAUACUGAGAGCACCCUCAAUAUCCUCAACGUGCUGGAUGAGCUCCUGUCAGCCGGCACCGACAGACGGAUCCACUACAUGAUCUCCAAAGGCGGCAGCGAAGCUCUCCUCUCCGCCUUAGUGAAGACGGCCAGGUCCCACCCUCCCAACUACACCCUCCUCCUGCCACUGCUCCACCUGCUGGCCAAGGUGGGGCACAGAGACAAGAGGAUCGGGGUCAAGGCGGAGAAGGUGGAGGCUGUGCUCCUCACGCUGGGUCUGCUCCGGCAGAAUUGGGAACACCCCCGGAGGGCGGCAGCUUGCCUAUGGGUCCUCAGGGUCUUCUGCUCCUCCGUGUCCACGGCUACCUUGCUUGGUGAAAACAGAGGCUUGGACGUGGUUUUUAAGCUGGUAUCUGUGCACACGACAAAGCACACGCGCACAGUCAAGGCAGCAGUAGAUGCAUUUGCAGCACUUCUGCGUUCAAAGGCGAACAGCAGGUGUGCGGUCGCCAAGGGAUACGUGUCCAGCCUGCUGAAGCUGUAUGAGGACUGGCACGGCAAAGACGCCACCAACGCCCAGGUGCCCAUCCGCAGGGCCCUGCUCCGCUGCCUGCACCACGCCUCCAGCAUCCGAGAGGGCCGGGACGCCCUGCUGGCAGAGGGGGGCAUGACUCUGCUGUUCCAGUCCACACAGACUUGCCUGGCCAGUCAGGCCACAGAGUCUCUGGCAGAGCUGUCUGUUCAGCUGAUGAGGAAGUGUUCUCCAAAGUGCCCCCUCCAGCUGACCUCUGACUGGAGUGUCUACUGCUUUCCCCUGCCGGGGAGGCCCACGGCGGGACAGGACACUGACCCGGGAGCGCAAGAUGACAGCUUGGAUGAGGACAGCGAUGAUGACUCCCAAAAUGGCCAAUCUGACAGCUUGGAGUACCUUUCGGAGGUCCCGCGCCCCCUCCUGGUACGGGCAGCGUUCCUCCUCCUCACGGCUGCCCUCCAGGCAAGCAGAGCAAAGGACGAUGACCUGGAGACGGACCCAGACAAGCUGCGGGAGCGGCCCAAGCCCGAAAGGUCCCCGGAGGAGCUGAGCCAGUACAUGCCCCUGUGCUCUGAGCUGUACACUGACUUCCAGGAGUUUGACGUUGACACAGAGGCCGAGGACAGCUCAGAGACGGAGGUUUUACUCAACGGGGAAUCGAGUCCCGGGCGCGGGGGCCACGCCACACCGGAGGGGACGCGGCCCCCGUCUCUGAGCGCGCGUGACUUCCACAGCUGGGCCCUGGGCUCUGGUGCCGGGCGGGACGGAGCGACAGCACUGGACCUCCUGCUGGAGUGCCGCCAGCCCUGCGUGCCCCACCACGACCCCCGCGCCUACGCCGCUAACGCCGCCCGCACCGCGUCCGUCCCCGGCUUCUCCGCCCUGGCCUUCCCCGACCUCUGGGGCCACCUGCCGCCCCAGGGCCCGGAGCCCAUGGCCACCCGCAAGCCCAACGUGCAGAGGAAGAAGGUGUUUGAGGACAUUCAGAGGCAGCUGAACCCGGAGGACAUGAUUGGCAGGGUGGUGUUCGACCUGGAGGAGGCCAGCCCUCAGUGCCAGUCCGAGCAGCCAGACUCCCUGCGCUUCUACUCGAAGUUUGAGUCCGGAAACCUUCGCAAAGCCAUUCAAGUCCGCAGGUACGAGUACGACCUGGUCCUGAACGCGGACGUGAACUGCUCCCAGCACCUCCAGUGGUUCUACUUCGAGGUCAGCGGCAUGCAGAGCGGCGUCCCUUACCGCUUCAACGUGGUCUGCUGCGAGAAGGCCAACAGCCAGUUCAACUACGGGAUGCAGCCGGUCCUGUAUUCUGUUCGGGAGGCAUUGGAGGGGCGUCCUCAGUGGGUCAGAACUGGCACCGAAAUCUGCUACUACAGGAACCACUUCUGCCCCAGCAGAGGUCCAAAAGGCCCUGCUUUCUACACUCUGACCUUCACCGUGACUUUCCCUCACAGCGAGGAUGUGUGCUACCUGGCCUACCAUUACCCCUACACCUACUCUGCCCUCCAGACCCACCUGCAGAUGCUGGAGCAGAAGGUGGACCGUCGCAAGGUCUUCUUCCGGAAGCAGACGCUGUGCCACACCCUGGCGGGGAACCCCUGCCCGCUGCUCACCAUCACCGCCCUCCCGGAGUCCCGCAGCUGGGGCCACCUGCAGGAGCUGCGUCAGCGGCCCUACGUGGUUCUGACGGGCAGGGUGCACCCAGGGGAGAGCAAUGCCAGCUGGGUAAUGAAGGGCUCCCUGGAGUUCCUGUGCAGCAGCGACCCUGUGGCGGAGAGUCUGAGAGAGGCCUACAUCUUCAAGGUCAUCCCUAUGCUCAACCCCGACGGGGUCAUCAACGGCACGCUCCGCUGCUCCCUGAAUGGGGAGGAUUUGAACAGGCAGUGGAUCCGGCCUGACCCCGCCCUCAGCCCCACCAUCUUCCACAGCAAGGGCCUCCUGUACCGGCUCCAAAGCGUCGGCCGCACCCCUCUGGUGUUCUGCGAUUACCAUGGCCACUCUCGGAAGAAGAAUGUCUUCCUGUACGGCUGCAGUGUAAAGGAGACUCUCUGGCAGGCUGGGGCUACAGUCAACAACGCUACACUGAAGGAGGACCCCGGACACAGGACCAUCCCGAAAACGCUGGACCGGAUCGCACCGGCCUUCUCCUUCAACAGCUGCAACUACCUGGUGGAGAAGUCGCGUGCGUCGACAGCUCGGGUGGUGGUGUGGCGUGAGAUGGGCGUGGUGCGCAGCUACACCAUGGAGAGCACCUACAACGGCUGCGACCAGGGCAUCUACAAGGGCCUGCAGGUGGGCAGCAGGGAGCUGGAGGAGAUGGGGCUGAAGUUCUGCCAGAGCCUGCUCCCCCUGCGGAUGAGCACCCUGCUAUCCAGCCCCAAGCUGUUCAGCCAGGCGUCCGCCCUGCUCGACCUCAACGACAGCCCCCUGGACCACAAGUCCCACAACUGCUUCGAGGACGACGAGCCGGCGUGCGCCGAGGAGAUCGAGUACCUGAACGCCGACUUCCCCGAGGAUGGCGGGGAGGAGCUGGACGCAGACGUCAACGGCAACACGUCCAGCUCGGAGGAGGAAGAGGAGGAAGAGGAGGGUGAGGAGGGGCGGGAGGAAGAGCGGGAGGAGCGGUGGCUGAACGGACACACGGACAGGAACUCCCGCCUCUUUCCCCGUCAGGCGCGCGAAGGCCCCCUGAAAACCCUCAACGGGAGGAGAACGCGCGCCGUCGAUAUCGGCAACGGACAGUACCUGAGCUAGAGCCCACGAACGGGUUCUCCUGGUCACUGAUAGGACAAUGCCUCAGUCACAUGGCUGGUUAGCAGCCUAUCAGAAUCUGUUUGUUUGUUUUUGUGAGAUUUGUCUUUUUUACUAGAUGCUGGAAUUAUGAAUGCAGCAAAAAAACAGUAUUAUAUUAUAGUAUAUUACAAGCCACACCAUUAUUCUAUAGCUUUAUACAAAUGGAAAAAUGUGUUUUUGUAGAGCUGACUAUACACAUUGUUCGAUAAGAUGUUGCAUUUUAGGAGCAUAUAAUGCAUAUGGAAAUGAAUUUGGUUGCUACUUAAGGGUUUACUGAAAUUUAUGACACUUGUAGGCAGCACAACUAAAAACCAUCUCACAGUGCAUCAGCGCUUAUUUUUAUAAAUAUGAAACUUCCGCAGAGUAGGUAAAUCUACAGUAUUCCAUUCUUACUAUGUACUUACCGUAUCAGUGCCGGAACAGUUUCAACAUAAGUUGGUGAACAAUAAAAGAUGGCUUUUGUUUAAA